AUGUCUUUUCCGAACCUGGACGCCGGAUCAAUCGUUGAGCUCUGGGCGCCGGGUAGCGAAGAGCUUGCGCGAAACAAAGAACUGAUGCAGAGCCGUUAUGAUGAUUAUGACGAGACCCAUCCGACCUUAACUGAUCUUGAUAUGGCCUCCCCUGUCAAUGCUCCUUGGGAAGAUUCAGACUCGGGCGUGGAUUUCCCUGACGAUAUUUCCAUGCAUUCUGUUGGAGAUGUCACUGAUGCGCAUCAAGAUCAUCUAUCGGACGAUUCUGAGUCAGACUUCUUUUCCAUGGGAGAGUACUUUUACGAGUAUUACACCGAGAUCCAUGGUCCUGAAGGAUUGCCUGGCCUUCGGGUUCACUUGCUUUCCACCCACAUCUUCAAGUCGUUCACUUUCGCGACCAGCCCCGAAACCAUUAGCGAGAGCCAGGAAGAUCAUGGGAUGGAGAAGGAAAACAUAUUUGAAGGCUCAUUUACUAACGACAAUAUUAAGAUGAUGUUUGUCUCCGGAGAAAACAGCAGAGCCCUUACCCGCAGUACUGCAUUGGCAACCCGCCGCGGAGUUCGCUCGAUCUCUACUGACGACCUAAUUUUCCUGAUUCGCCACGAUAAGGCCAAGGUAUCCCGUCUGCGAACCUUCCUGUCCUGGAAGGACGUCCGUAAGAAUGUCAAGGACUCGGACGACAAGGGUGGUGGUGACGCGGCCGACUUCGCUGCCGCCGACGACGCGGCUGGUGUUGUUGCAGGGCCCCAAGACGUGGCCCCCAAGCCCAAGAAUAAGCGCGCCAAGGUCGGACUUGCAUGGGAUGUCAACAGCUUCUUCUCAGUCCAGGUCCCCGAACGUGAGGACGAAGAAGAUGAAGAGGAGGAGGAGCAGAACUACGCGACGCUCCAGCGUCUUGCUGCCGCCGAUGAACGCACCCGCCACAUGACAAAGGAGGAGUAUGUAUUCUGGUCCGAGUGUCGCCAGGCUUCCUUUACCUACCGCAAGAGCAAGCGUUUCCGCGAGUGGGCAGGCUUCGGCGUCGUGACCGAAUCCAAGCCGAACGAUGACAUCGUCGACAUCCUCGGAUUCCUCACCUUUGAGAUUGUCCAGACCCUGACCGAGGAGGCACUCAAAGUCAAGGAGCGCGAAGACGAUGAGAAGCACCGUCGCGGUGGCGCCGAAGCUGGUGAGAACCUCAAGAAGCGGAAGCGCGAGACCGGCCUGUUCGACCCGCCCGAGGAGGGCCGCACUCCCAUCGAGCCGCGGCACGUUCGCGAGGCCUUCCGCAAGCUGCAAGCUACUCCCCAGAGGUCCAUCGCUAUGCUGCUGCACAAUGGCCGUGUUCCUUUCCGCCACGGUCUUGCUUUGAUUUAA